AGAUUGUGCAGUUGAAGGGUAUAAUUUAAUGAACUCCAGGAGAUUGAGGAAGAGAGGACUUCUGCCAUGUGUAUUGUGUUAUUCUUGUUCUGCACCAGGUCGUAUUAAUAGAGAUCAAACUCAGCGUCGUGUCGUGUCGUGUGCAAGAUCUCUCCCGCGCGGAGUAAAUGCAAUCAUACCAGUUUGAGUCAGACUUUAGUCCAUGAAUGUGCUGAGUACUGAAUCCCUUGGAACUCCCUUGUGAAAGAAUAUCAAUCAAAUAAUCUAAAAGACAAUAGAGUUGUUAAUUCGUUGAUGGCGACAGUUGAUAAAGACAGUUAAUGCAGACAGUUGAUGCAGACAGUUGAUGCAGUCUUACCUGCUAAUUACUGGAGCUAAUUACUCAUUCUUCAGCAGUGAAUAACGUGAAAUUUUUCAAUUAAUGAAUAAUGAAGACUGUGAUGUGUUAAUACUCUAUGAAGCAUUGGCAAUUUCCUACGAGAUUUACAAUACCAAGAAGAUGGGAUAAAAUGAUUAGUCAUUAGGUCGGUGGCUGCCCAAUUAACCGGAGCAAUUGUAUCCUCACUUGUUGCAAUUUAGACAGAGUCGUCCCUCUCCACUCCAAUUGACGUAACAUCUAUUAAUAUCAAUCCUGGACAUCUAACUUCCUUUCAAUUGAUUGCUGAUAUGAUUUCCCUUUUUCUCUCGCUCAUAUGGCGUUUCCUGGGCGUUAUCUCUGUCGAGAAUCAUCGGAUUAAUUGUUGAUUCAGCAGUUGAGCCUAGAGAGAUUGAAAGUCUUCGAGCGAAUCCAGUGUAAUGUACUCAGAAGUGAUAAACAUUGUGAAUAUGCUGUGAUAGAGUUCUUGGUAUUUGAGAAUAAAGUGAGGGGUGGAGAAACAGGGCUUGCCUGCGUCAAAUGAUGCUAGUAGUUCUUUUAUGCGUCAUCAUGAAGAUAGCAGAGUUAUCCGUCGGCCCUCUGAAUUCCCCUUUGGCCAGGGAAUCAACGACUUGUGAUAAACCCAAACGCCGAUGUCGCAUACACGGACGCAAUGUCAAAAACAGAAACUACGGAAGAAAGAGCUGUGGCAGAAGAGCAACAAUGAUGGAAGAUCCUCAGACCCCGGGCUCUGACUGCAAUUCGAAUCCAGCAGAUCCAAAUUCUCAGGAUCUGAUAGGCUCGGAAUUUAUCCAGGACAACUCUGAUUACCAGUGGUUCAUUGAUUAUGGGUACAGGGAUGGAAGUCUCCAUGUUCAUCCAAGUGUCCUUUCUUCUCUGUCCAUGUCGUACACCCAAGAUGAUCUGGGUUACUACGACGAUUUGGCACGAAAUCUGGAUGCCAAUCUUGCUGAAGUGGAUAUGGAGAGUUUUCGCACUGCUGACAUACACACUCUCCUCACAGCUCUCCCAGUCAUGUGCACUGAUCCCGUCCAGCAAUCAGAGUUUAAUUACCAGAGGGAGCGUUAUGCCAGCAUUUCUGGCUCUGUCAUGGAGAAAAUCGACAUUGGCUCCUCCAUCAGUCCCCAUUCCAGCAGUCAGGGAGAAGAUUCGGCUUGUUCCACGACCGAUACGAUUUCCAUCUGCAAAUCAUCCCUACUGUUCUCCCCAGUGAAGGAGACACCGAUGUUGCCCCCCGGGGGAAGCUACAGUGUUGACUCUUUAGACUGUGAAGACAUGCUCUUGACUUGUCAAACGCAUAACAAAAACAAUUACACAAUAGCCUUCGAGGGUAGCAUGACGAUGUACUCAGACGCGUCCCAAGACUUCGAGAGCCAGGAGAAGAGUCAGAAGUCGAAUCAACCCCGCGAGACAUUCUACAACACCAAUAUUGACCUGAAGAACAUGAUGGACCUAUCGAUGGCCUGUUCUGACUCGAAAAUCUACACGACUUGGAGUAAUCUAAAGCACUCAUCAAACCACAAAGUAAUGAUACGUCAUGGCUCUGGUAAUAACAAUACAAUAGCAAAUCUGUCAUUAGCUGCAACAGCUCUAAGUAAAGCAGGAGCGACAGCGACCCCAGGAGUAGACAGUGAUCUAUUGAAUACAAAUAAGAGGAGCCAAAGUUUACCAGAUUUGAGAAAAGCCCCAGAUCUGAAUCACUCGAGUCUCCUGCCCCUAAACUUUUCAAUAGAUUCUGCAGAAUCCAAUCACCAGAAUCUCCACAACUCAGGAUUGAUGAGUAGAUCGAUAAACGAGAGCUCCACAAACAGCACAACAUCUGGGAAAAAAAUCCAAAACAUGAGUCUCGUUAAAUUAUUUAUGAAGCAAAAGAGCAUGAGUGCCGAGGGCAUGAGUCUGACCCUAGACCAAUCUGACUCAGCGAGUGACAACGACUGGCCUACGAGUAACAACAAUAGCAACAGUCACAGUAGCAGUGACACAAACACCAACACCCAAAUUCAUCGUAAAAAUAUUAAUGAAAAAUCCAACAUUCCAGAGAAUGAUUUCACAAUAAACUGGUUGAAAACCGAGUGCCACAGAAGUACAUCGAGCAACGAGGUCAGUUCCUCCAAUACAUCAAAACGUAUUCCAUCGAUAAAAGAAUUCAAGGAGGAGUCGCCCUCGGUGGAGGAGUUGUCCGAGAGCCUGUUGAAAUCGGAAGCAGACGUCGAUAAGAUUCACAUCGAUGAGAGACAAACACCGAGCCUGAGAAAAACAACAGGCAUCCAAACAAUAACCGAAGUAGAGGAGAAUGGAGUGCAGACCUCACUGCUGUACUCCCUCGGCCCACCAAAGAAUAAUAUGCCAUAUCUACGUGAGACUCUAGUCGACAAGAAACCGGUUUACGUAGUCUACCCAAACUACACACUCCCAGAUCUAUCAUUCCUCAAAGCCAAAGAAUCUCUGGAGAACAUGAUUUCCCUGAAGCCCCACGAGAGAAUCGGUUGUAAAAAGAAUGGAAGAACGACCCGUCCCUUCUCCUGCAACGACAUAGAGGCCCUCAAACAACGAGGCUUCUCUCACAUCAAAGACUGGGAGUCCCUGACCUUCCUCCUGCCCUCGGAGUACAGAAAAAUCCUUCACGAUGUGCCUGACAUCCCGAGGCAUGUUAAACUUGGGGAGGAAACGAGAAAGCCCUUGUUCUGUUUAUCACCUCCAAUGCGUCACCGGAUGAGAAUGAAUAAUGAUAUAACAGCAGCUGGAAACGUGUCAUCGAGCAGCAGUACAGCGACCCAACCCUCCUCAGGGUACCGUGGCUCCUCAACAAUUCUCACUGACUCAUCGUUGAACCCUCAGGGUGGCAGCAAUCCUCUCUAUUUAUAUCGUUAUGACAGCAUGAGUUCGGAGAAUAGCCUCAUCAACCAGGAUAGGAAGAAUGCUCCCCACCAGCCAGGACCGGCAAAACGAUCUGUCUCCCUUCCCCAGGGUGACGACAGAGAUACGAUUCCUAGUGGAAAAGUACCCCCAAGGCCUCCACUACCAAGAAGUAUCCUGCGAAAACCUCCAAAUUCAAAUAAACGCUACAGCAUGUUCGAGAUAGGAGUCGAGGAGGCAGAGAGACAGUCCACAGAAUCAAAUAAGAGAAUGUCCCUGCAGGAGCCCUACUACAUCAACAAUGAUCAUCAACUUCUGCGACAUGGGAGGAUCAUAGACUCCGACAAAGACGUCGAUGAAGUCGAGGAGAGGAGAUACGUCGAGAGGAUGAAGGAAGCUGCUGCAGCUAAUUUAAUCAUCUCCGAGGAUGAAUUACAUAUCGAUGAGACCAGACGACAGGAUGACAUAAAACAGUUGGAGGAGUUCCUCAGACGGAGUGGAUUCUCCUCAAACAGCAGUGACGAUGGUAGUGAGGAUUCUGAUAUUAAACUUCGAUCAUAUGUCAGAAAAUUCUUAGCUUUAAAAAUGAAUAAAGAUGUGGCAAAGGGUGCGGAGAUGCUGGAGUCCCAAAAGAAGACUGUGAGCUUCGCUGUCCACCAGCGUAAGGCACACUUGGCUAUCAAAGGAGAGACUAAUGGACUUGACAAUGAUAAAGAGAAUACUCAUGCAUUACCAAUAGAUUCCUCAGAGGGCAAGCCAAUAGAUCUGAACGACAGAUUCAAAUUCAUAGGUUCAGUGAGUAAAGCAGUGGAUUUAUUGAUCAGGUAUUGGCAGUCUGACCCGAAGGACGAGUACGAGAAAAAUAAUGAGUGCGCUCAGCUGUGCCUGAGCUAUUUGUGUCCUACACUGUACGCAAUAAUGACCAAUGGGCUGAAACCACAUUUAAAUUCUACAUUCGGCCCCAUCAGCAAUAGCGUAUGGCAGGUGGUCGAGGCAUCCUCCCAGCAGGGUCCACUGACAAAUACCCUGAACGAUCUAGUUCAGAAAAUAAAUAGUGAGGACUUCAUGACAGAGGGCCUCUUGAAGUUCCACGCCUUCGUCUUCGGCCUGUUGAACCUGCGAGCCUUGGACGCAUGGUUCGCCUAUUUGUGCACCAGAGAGUCAAUCCUGAGAAAGCACUACACCACUGGGAGUUUAUUCGUAGCAGCGCUAGGGUGUGCAGAGACAAGAGAAGUAAUCGACAAUUUUCUCGGUCUACUGCAGCCCCUCGCCUUUUGCCCUUUCGAGUUGGACCUCCUGUAUCAGUAUCGCCAGCUACAUAACAGUUUUGGCAAUGCCAAUGGCAUUGGAAGAGCUAGUGACUCGUCCAGAGAGCAUCUCGAGGUCAGCCCCGAGUACGUCACUCCUAGGGGAAUGAGUCCAAAGAAAGUUCGUCCGAGAUCCUGUGGAUAUGACGACACGAGGGUCGAUCCGGAUAAUGCCAUGAAGAAACGCUGGAGCAAUCUUAUCAGGACCUCCAAGGUGCCUCUGGAUGACUCUGAGGAUUACACUGACAGUCUCGAACACUCGCCUCUGAUGAACCGAGGAAAUCGCCGGCACCUGAGGACGACAACUCCAGAUCUGAAGGCUCACGACAAUGAUGAUAAUGAAGAGUGUAAUUCAAUUCCUGGUGAAUUGAAGUUCCGGAAAUUACAGGAGAAGUGGGAGCUGAUGAUGGGAAAGGAGGAGGCGAGAGAGGCACCCCUGCCAGGGCGAUCGUUCUCACCGAAUCAAACUCCCACUAGUGUUGGUAAAUCAAAAAUUCCACGGCUUCUCACUUCUCCCGUAAAACAAGUGUCGAAUGCACUAUCAGGAAAUCCUAAGAGCAAAUCACCUGUGAGUGGAAUUCCGACGUUGAAAAAAUCGAUACCCCCGAGCAAAUUGGUUCCCAAAAAACAUACAGAGAUCAAGUCCAAGGAGUUACCUCGGAGGACCAGUCGAGUUGAUCAGGAACACGUGGCUCCGACGGCAAGGCCCUACUUGACGAGACCUAGCUCGUUACCUUAUAAAUCCCACGGAAUAACUGCUAAAGAAAAGAAUUUAAUUUCCCCUCAGAGACGAGCUGCGUCCACUUCCUUGCCGAGGGCAAACACACCUGCUGCAUCGAAAAAUCCGUCUCGGAAGAAACCUCUCAAGGAGGUUCGAACGUUGUCCCACCGAUUGCCAUCGGACAAUGGCCACUUGUCUUUCAACGAGGGCGACAGAUUGAAAGUGAUACUGGAAGUCGACAACAAAUGGCUUCUCUGUGCUAAAGGCGAGCGCAAAGGCCUUGUACCACGAUCAUGCGUCCAACCGUAUCAAACUUAACAUACGGCAACUCCUGUUCCCAAUUAAAGCCAAGAUCAGCUAAAAAAACAACUGUACAGUGUAUAAAGGACAAAAUAUUUUAAAAGCGUUUGGUAAUAAUGGCAAAUACAGCUUAGUGAUCAGCGAUCGCCAAUUCUAAUAAAUUUGCCGCCUCUUUUUAUAAUGCUUCACCAUUUUUUACAUUUAAUUUGCUAGUUCGUCCCUCCAAGUGAGUUUGGAUAAUCCCUAGUCAUUCUGUCUGAUAAAAAAACACACAAAGAUAUAAGACGAUAUAUUGUGAAUUAUUAGUUAUUCUUGAUGAUGGCGAAGAGAAAUAUAAUUCUGAGGAAUUAGUACAUCAGUUAAGGGUUUGUCUAUAUCUUUUCAUAGUUUGCGCCUCUAGGAGAGUCAGUAAAAUCAUGUCAUUGGAAUUAUAAUUUAUAGAUAUGUUACAACUUUAACUGUGAUCGUAGCGUGUAGACUCAUGAGUUCACGAGCGGUAAUAAAUCAUUUCCUCGUUUCACCUCCGUUAAUCGUCUAGAAUGUUUAACAUCGAUGUUCCACGUGGUAACGUGGAAUAUUUGCGUUUUUUUUUUCAUUAAUUUUUAUCGUCCAGUGUUUAAGUCCAUAUCAUUACGAUGUUCACGGGAUUUCUGUUAUUCUCUGUAGUUCAUGUUUUUGCUUACUAUUAUAGAGUGUAAAGCCUCCUGAGAUCGUAAGGAGAAGAAAUUAUAGUAGCUACAUUGCUGAGAUUUAUUGCUUUAUGUACAGUCCAUGUGUGCCGCAGACUAAACAGAAAAUUAGAAAUGUGCAACAGCGAUUUGCCAGAUGAUGGGAAUCAUUACAGAGUUGAAAUUCAUACGGAUUUAUAAAAUAUAACAGUGGAGGAGGAGUAGUUUGUAUAUAUUCUAUAUAUUAAAUGUACAAGUAUCUCACUUUGGCUUUACUGACCGAAAAUCAUUAGAUGUUGUACUCAUUACGUUGAAAACUAAUGAUAAUUAUAUCGUAUUCUGUGCGGGGAUUAUUGAAAUUAAUAAGCAAUACAUAAAGAUGAUAUGAAAAUCACGGAUGCGAGUGAACAAGAGAUCUGGUUGAAAUUUUAGUAACAACACUCAUAACUGAGAAAACAUAUAAGUAUGUAUACAUUUACAUAAAUAAAAUGAUGAUAUUCAUGAUGGAAAAGUGUUUCGUCUGUUUUACAAAAUAAAUGAUCACUAUUUGAAAA